AUGCCUUCCCUGACAACUCUUCUCUACAAGCCCAUUGACUGAGUCACUCGGAGCACUCUGGUCCAACAAGACCUGCUGAAGCGCACACCUGUGGACCACCCAGACUACCUGCUGCUACAGGAUGCCCCCCACAUCUCCCAGAACUUCCUGUCCAGCAUCAACGAGGACAUUGAUCCCCGCCGGACUGCAGUCACGACCCCCAAGGGGGAGACGCGGCAGCUGGUGAAGGACGGCUUCCUGGUGGAAGUGUCAGAGAGCUCCCGGAAGCUGCGGCACAUCUUCCUCUUUACAGAUGUCCUACUGUGUGCCAAGCUGAAGAAGACUUCUGCGGGGAAGCACCAGCAGUCUGACUGUAAGUGGUACGUCCCCCUGGCAGACUCAGUGUUUCCAUCCCCCAAGGAAUCUGAGGCCAGCCCCCAGGUGCACCCCAUCCCAGACCAUGAGCUGGAGGACAUGAAAACGAAGAUCUCUGCCCUCAAGAGUGAAAUCCAGAAGGAGAAUGCCAACAAAGGGCAGAGCCGGGCCAUCGAGCGCCUGAAGAAGAAGAUGUUUGAGAAUGAGUUCUUGCUGCUGCUCAAUUCUCCCACUAUCCCGUUUCGGAUCCACAAUCGGAAUGGAAAGAGCUACCUGUUACUAUUGUCCUCGGACUAUGAGAGGUCAGAGUGGAGAGAAGCAAUUCAGAAACUACAGAAAAAGGAUCUCCAGGCCUUUGUCCUGAGCUCAGUAGAGCUCCAGGUGCUCACAGGAUCCUGUUCCAAGCUUAGGACUGGACAUAACUUUCCUGUCACCAGCAAUAAAGACAACGACGAGUCUCCGGGGCUGUAUGGCUUCCUGCAUGUCAUCGUCCACUCUGCUAAGGGAUUUAAGCAGUCAGCCAACCUGUACUGUACCCUGGAGGUAGAUUCCUUUGGUUAUUUUGUCAGCAAGGCCAAAACCAGGGUAUUCCGGGACACAACAGAGCCCAAGUGGGAUGAGGAGUUUGAGAUUGAGCUGGAGGGUUCUCAGUCCCUGAGGAUCCUGUGCUAUGAGAAGUGCUAUGACAAGACCAAGGUCAACAAGGACAACAACGAGAUUGUGGACAAGAUCAUGGGCAAAGGGCAGAUCCAGUUGGACCCACAAACUGUAGAGACCAAGAACUGGCACACGAAUGGUAUCAAGGCGGAAUUCUCCAUGAAGUUCACCAGCCGAGAUAUGAACCUGAAGAGGACCCCGUCCAAAAAGCAGACCGGCAUGUUUGGUGUGAAGAUCAGCAUGGUGACUAAGUAGGCAGAGUGCUCCAAGGUGCCCUACAUCACCCGGCAGUGUAUGGAAGAGGUGGAGAGGAGGGGCAUCGAGGAGGUCGGCAUCUACCGGGUAUCAGGGGUGGCCACGGACAUCCAGGCGCUGAAGGCUGUCUUUGAUGCCAAGCCUCGGGUGCCCUUUGGAGCACAUCUUCCUCUGUAUAAACUCCUCAGUGGUAGGGCCUGA